UGUUUCAGGACAAGACCAGGUCCAACACAGGAGCUCUAUCCCGUAUAACCCUGAAGACAUCAGGUACAGGAAGCUCGUGCCUGUAGACGAUCGGUUCACACCUCGUAUAAUCGCUCCUCCAGAAAGAAAGGGCAAUGUUGCCGUGUGUUACCUACAGCCGGAUAAAGGACCCUGCAUGGGAUACUUCCCGAGGUUUUACUACGAUCGAGAAGCGCAAAGCUGCAAGACUUUCAUCUACGGCGGUUGUCAAGGCAACGAGAACAACUUCGCGAAGGAGGAAGAAUGUCUGGGGGCAUGUGGGGGUAUCUCUGUACAGCACGAGAUCCAACAGAGAAGCUCUAUCGUGGAUGCCCCUAUCUCUGAUAACCAAGAGCUACCGCGUAUCUGUUAUCAACCGAAGGACCCAGGACACUGCGAGGCCUUCUUCGAGAGGUACUAUUAUGACUCCGUCGAAGGUAUCUGCAAGAAAUUUAUCUAUGGCGGUUGUCAAGGAAACAGCAACAAUUUUAAGACGAUUGAGCAGUGCAACGUUACUUGCGGUGGCGAUUCGAGGCACCUGACAUCUCUCUACUCGAAGGAGACCGAAGCUUCUGGUCAUGCCGAACGAGGCUGGUUCGACCCGCCAAAGAAGAUUCCAAUUGGAAACGGUCUGUGCCUGUACCUAACAAUGACAAUACCGUGUUAGCAGAAGAGUCUGCAACGGCAGAUGAGGCGAAAGAAAAGACUCUCGUAAUAAAGCUGAAAUGAAGCUCGAA